AAGUGUGGAGUCACAAUAGAAAUAUGUACAGUUAAUGGAAAAGGUGUUAAAUGAAAGAAGAGAGUUAAAAUUUAAAAUUUCUACAGAUAGAUAUAUUUUUCGAUUGGUUUCACGUAGGCCGUACUAAAUAAACAAAGAUGUUACGUUAUGUUUUGUUAUUUUUAUGUUAUGUUGACAUAACCUUUUGUUUUGAAUGUGUACAAAGUUGUAGCUGUCGAUCGCUGUUAGGUUUGCAGACUUUGAUAUGUUACAGAAAAGGUUUUACAAAAUUUCCAAACGGUAUAGACAACAAUACAGAAUUUCUUCGUUUCGAAGGCAACCAAAUAUCGAUCCUUCCAGAUAAAUUGUGGAAAAUAGUUCCUCAUCUACAGAAAAUAGAUUUCUCAGAAAACAAAUUAACAAGACUGCAGUCUGAAGCUUUCGCCAAUUUAAAAAAUUUAUCAACAAUAAAUCUGUUUAAGAACCGAAUUAAUACAAUCGACGACCAUGUUUUCCUAGGAAUCGAAAAAUUAAAAGUAUCGUUAAAUCUCAAGGAUAAUAAUAUUUCGCGUAUUCAUGAAAAUGCUUUCGCUGGAUUGUACUCCGAUAUAGAUAUUGAUCUCAGCAAGAAUUCAUUGAAAACAUUUCAUCAGAACACGUUUCGAGAUUUGCGUGGUCUUAUCACACUGAAUUUAGCACGAAACCUCUUCGAAGAAUUACCUAAAGAAAUAUUUAAAAAUCAAGAAAGUUUAUGGUUUUUAGACUUAAGUAAUAACAAGCUACAGAACAUUCGUAAAGAUGUUUUGAUUGGUUUAAAGAAUUUAAAAACUUUGGAUUUAUCGUCAAAUAAUAUUAAUAAAAUACCGACGGGUUUAUUUGAAGCCAACCCGAAACUAGAAACCUUACGCUUGAUUUUCAACAACUUCAGUUAUCCGCCAUCUUAUAUUCCUGAACAUAUCAAAACAAUAACACUUCUGAAAAAUCCAAUCAAGUGCGAUUGUACCCUCCACAAGCUGCUUUCUAAUAGUGCAUACAAAGCGAAACUAAAAGACAUCAACCAAAUCACCUGUGUGAAUGAAACAAAAACAGUGUCUGAAGCAUUGAUGGAAUUAAAUUGCGUCCCCUCAACAACUGCAGCUCCAACCACCAUUGAAAAGAAGUCGUCAUCAUUUACAGGAACAACAAAAGCGGGCGGUCACGUUAAAGUUGAAACUACCGACACAAUAAGCACGACGAUGACAACGACGUCAUCAAAAAGAAUAACUCGAACAACAUCUACAUUUGGUGGGGAAAAAAUUAAAAGAAAACGAGAAAGCAACUUGGCUCUUAUACUUGGUAUUGUCCUGGGUGUGAUUGUCUUAAUUGUGGUUGCAGUGUUAUUUACUUAUUUAUAUAGAAGAUUAAUAGCCGAAAAAAUAUACGAAGCUGCAACAUUAACCCUACCUCGUAAAAAGAGAGAAAAAUCUUGCACAACCAGUACGGACGAUCUGGCAUUUCAUGGCUGGAACGAAGCAAGCACCGCCAUGUUGGCUAAGACUGAGGGUACAAUUUGAACUCACGUGAAUACCACACGUGACAAUCAAACUAAGCCACACGUUUACGCUCUUGUCGUAUGUAAGUGCAUGGAUCAGUGACAAUGCUGCCUUUACUUACAUCAGCCGUUACACGUUUGAUGAACUUCCUAGUGAUAAACAUUCAGAUAUUCAAAAAAGAUUUUUGUACUCGUAACAUACACGCUGUUAAAAGUGUAUACACGUUUAUGUAUAUCAGUUCCUGAUCCAUAAUCAGAUCUAUUGCAAGUAGGCUCGAUGUAUAAUUAGGGACAGACUAACUCUACUUAUUAGAACAAGGAUUGCACUGGACUUACUUGCCAGAAAUAAACACAUUCGAUACUGAUGAUGCUUGCGAGUUCUUAACGCAAUCCAAACAGCUGCAUGGCGAAUCUUGAAGGCGUUUUUAGUAGUAUAUAAUUGUAGAUAAUAAGUUUUUAAUAAGUAUCUAGCUUAGUGCAAUACAAUUUUACAAUAUACUUUAAAAUAUGUUUGUUAUUUAUUUUACGUUUUUCAGAUUUUUAUUUAGAAAUAUUUAAGUUGUUAACUUGUAAAUAACUGUUUUAAAAGUAAAUAUUUUUAACCCCUCUUUCUCAGGGUUAAAGAAG